AUGAGGAUGUAUAAUCCAUAUGUUCAGGCAAGGAGCAGGAUAGAUCAGCUGAAGCGGUUGGGUCACAGUGUAGAUAAGGUUGAGUUCAUUUUGAUGGGAGGUACUUUUAUGUCUCUGCCUGCUGAGUAUCGGGAUUUCUUCAUAAGGAACCUUCAUGAUGCUUUAUCAGGACACACUUCCGCCAACGUUGAGGAAGCAGUUGCUUAUUCUGAACAUAGUGCAACUAAAUGCAUUGGCAUGACGAUUGAAACUACUCAAAUAGUUAAGCAAACGUUUAUAGUUCGCAAGUUUUUCAUUUCUCCAAUACCCCAAAUUGCUAGAAACGUCAUGGAGACGUUUCCUAACUGUCCCCAAGCCGUUUCCGUCCCCGAAACGUCCCCGGACAUUCAUCACAAAAUUAAGCCAGAACAAGUAGAGCUUGUGCGUCGUGAUUACACUGCAAAUGAAGGGUGGGAGACAUUCCUCUCUUAUGAAGAUACACGCCAGGACAUUCUUGUUGGCUUAUUACGCUUGCGAAAAUGCGGGAAGAACGUAACUUGUCCAGAACUCAUGGGAAAGUGUUCUGUUGUCCGUGAGCUUCAUGUAUAUGGAACGGCUGUACCAGUACAUGGUCGAGAAGCUGAUAAGUUGCAACAUCAGAGUAGCUAA